AUGGGUGUUCUCUUCAAUCGAAGUAAAGUGCCCAUCCUCACGCAGAUGAUGGUAGAAGAAAUAUCGAGUUUCAAUACCCUGCUUGAUAAUCUAAGCCAGGGAUCACUUGACUUGAUUCCCACAUGUCGAGCCCUUGAAGCGGAUAUCGUCUCAAGAUUCGCGUUUGGAAGUUCUAUUGGAGCGAUUGAAUCUUUGAUGGAAGGAGAAGAACUACAAAUCGUCAAAGAAAACGAUUUGAAGUCCUCAAAAAUGUCACUGCACACAAACUUCCCCUCUAUAAUGAGAACAUAUGAUAUGAUUGGUGAAGUCACUUCUCGAGUUACCGGUUGGGGUGGCUCAUCGAAGUCAAGCAAGGAGUUUGAAGGGUGGGCAAGCGAGCAGCUGAAACUUGCUGCAGAUUCUGAAAAAGCACCCGAGGUCUCAUUUCUGAAGGUUAUGGCCGGGGAGAGGAUCUCCCCGGAGUCUGCCUUGUCAGAAAGCAAGGAGAUGUUAGGUCCUGGCACUGACACAACCUCUGCCACACUCGCUCACAUAUUAUGGGCACUGUCCCUUAACCAGUCCUUGCAAGAUGAUCUUGUUUCGGACUUAAAGACUGCUAAUUGGACUACGGAUAUGACGGAGCUCGAGUCAAUACCAAGAUUGGCAGCUUGCGUGAAGGAGGGAAUUAGAUGGACUGGAGCAGCAUCAGCUAUGCUACCUAGGAUUGUACCGACGGGAGGAUCGUUGCUCGCUGGAAAGCACAUUCCGGGUGGUACUAUGAUUUCCAGCUCGCCUAUCUGGUAUCUACAUGACGAGACUGCUUUCCCUGGGCCUCAUUAUUAUCGGCCUAAUCGAUGGCUCGAGAGAGAAGACGAAGACUCUGUUACUUUGCGCAGCGAUUAUUAUAUCCCGUUUUCCAAGGGCUCCAGCACCUGCAUUGGCAAUCACUUCGCAUAUUUGGAACUUUACCUAUCAGUCUCUCAGAUCUUGAAAAAGUAUCGUAUCCAGCAGCUAGAAAAGUCCACGAUCAACGUUGAUGUUGAGGCAACCCUUCCCCCACGACUGGAAUGGGUUGCUGCGGUCCCUACUGGGAAAUUGCAGGUUGUUGUAUCAAAAAGACUCUUGUAA